CCCCGCUUCUCUCUCCCCACUUUGGUUCAUUUGUGCCUUUUGUCUUUUUUUCUUCGUUUCCAUGAUCCCACCAAAACCAUGUGCCACGACUUUCCUCUGAAUCUCUCUGCUUCUUCUUCCUGAAACACUCACUCUUCUAAUCAAAUCUAUUCAUAAAAGUUGUUGAUUGUGCUCUUUGCUUUUCCUUUUUGGCGCUAAUGGCGAUCGAGGAGGACCUUGAGAGCUGUGGAAGCAGAGCCUGUGUACAGUCACCGCAAGCUCAUCCUCGUCAACACAGGAAGAAAUUGGAGGUGUACAAUGAGGUGCUUCGUCGAACUCAAGAGUCAAAUUAUGAGGAGGCCAAUGUUCCAGGGUUUGAUGACCAGCUUUGGCUUCAUUUCAAUCGUCUUCCUGCUAGGUACGCGUUGGACGUGAAUGUGGAGAGGGCGGAAGAUGUCCUUAGUCACAAGAGAUUGCUGAAGUUGGCAGAGGACCCCGCUAAGCGUCCUGUAUUUCAAGUUCGAUCAGUGCAGGUAUAUCCUUAUGGAUGUGCUUAUUUUGCUGACUCAACACAUUCUGAUCCUUCUGAGAAAGAAGAUGCGCAGAGUUCUUUUAACUAUUCUUUUAAGCAGGGAGUUCAUCCACCACCUACUUUUGGUUCAUCUUCUAAUCUUGAAGCUCUCUCCCGCCAAGCAUGUAAGAAUAAGGCUGAAGACAGGGACGAAGAUAUGGAUUUGACACCAUGCUUUUACAAGCCCAUGCACGAGAUUACCUUUUCAACUGUUGACAAGCCCAAAGUCCUUAGUCAGCUGAUGACAUAUUUCAUGCUAUCAACUACAAAUGCUACCAAAUGUAGACAUUGCAAAACCAGCUGUUCGAAGUUUUCUUUGAAAAGUGUCACAACUUUCCUGAGUAUUCAUAUAACAUGUCUUGCACAAAUAGACCAUUUAACUUCAUUACUUGGGGAAAUGGGACUGAACAUUCAAGAAGCUCAUGCAUUUUCCACCAAAGAUGGGUUUUCUCUUGAUGUCUUUGUUGUCGUGGGGUGGCCAAACGAGGAAACUGAGGAGCUUAAACGUGUAUUGGAAAAGGAGAUUUUGAAGUUUAAGAGGGAGCAACAUCUAUCGAAGCAGGGCGUGCCUUCUGCUGCCAUUGAACAUUAUCAUGAGGCAAGGAUGGAACCCUUCCCUCAUUGUGUAGAAAUACCAUCUGAUGGAACUGAUGUCUGGGAAAUUGAUACCAACCAGCUGAAGUUUGAAAACAAAGUUGGCUCUGGGUCAUUCGGUGAUUUGUACAGAGGUAAUUAUUGCAGCCAAGAUGUAGCUAUCAAAGUCCUUAAGACUGACAAAAUAAAUACAGAGAUGUUGAGAGAAUUUGCCCAGGAAGUUUACAUCAUGAGGAAAAUUCGACACAAGAAUGUUGUGCAGUUCAUUGGAGCAUGCACUCAGCCACCAAAUCUAUGUAUUGUCACUGAGUUUAUGUCUAGAGGAAGCGUCUAUGACUUUCUGCACAAACAAAGGGGUGUAUUUAAGCUUCCUUCUUUACUUAAGGUAGCAAUUGAUGUUUCCAAGGGAAUGAACUAUUUGCACCAAAAUAAUAUAAUUCACAGGGACCUCAAGACUGCCAAUCUUCUAAUGGAUGAAAAUGAAGUGGUGAAGGUUGCUGAUUUUGGGGUUGCCAGAGUGCAAACUCAAUCUGGAGUGAUGACAGCUGAAACUGGAACUUACCGUUGGAUGGCUCCUGAGGUCAUUGAACACAAACCGUAUGACCAGAAGGCAGAUGUUUUUAGUUUUGGAAUAGCUCUUUGGGAGCUUCUAACAGGAGAACUGCCUUAUGCUUACCUGUCCCCAUUACAAGCGGCAGUAGGCGUGGUGCAGAAGGGUCUACGACCUUCAAUCCCCAAGAAUGCACACCCAAGGCUAUCUGAACUGCUCCGGCGAUGUUGGCAGCAAGAUCCAAUUGAGAGACCGAAUUUCUCAGAAAUAUUGGAAAUUCUUCAGCAGAUAGCGAAGGAGGAUGCAGACGAUCGACCCAAGGAUAAAUCAUCUCAUGGUUUUCUCUCGGCACUAAGACGGGCCCAUCAGUAAUUUUGAGUAACCUGACGCCACGAUCAAAUAACCAAGCCUUUCUUUUCUUUUUCGGUUUUGGUCCUGUACAGCGGUCUGAUCAAAUGAGAGGAGAUCCCAGUAGCUUGUUUCUGCUUUUUGAAAAUUUCGGUUACAUUCUACUUCUGUUGCCUUAAAUUCCUUACUUUGUACAAUUCCUUCACCCAAACGUUCUAAUUUUCCUGUGAACGUUUAUGGAGAAUGGAUGCUGAAGCUGAAGGGACCGUGUUUUAAAAUUUGAGGCAUUAUGUUAUUUAUCA